GCGGGCCGGAAAUGCGUCCUUUCGUGCGUGCGGCGUUUCCUGCGGGGCCCCUCCCUGGUGGCGCGACUCUCUCGCCCCGACGGAAGCCGGGAAGGACGUGGCUCCAGGUUGACCCAAGCGCCAGGAUGGUGACGGACGUGCAGCUGGCCAUCUUCGCCAACAUGCUGGGCGUCUCGCUCUUCCUGCUGGUCGUCCUCUACCACUACGUGGCCGUCAACAACCCCAAGAGGCAGGAGUGAGCGAGCGAGCGAGCG